CCCAAAUAAAUCACACCCUUUUGGAAACUCAUCUGUUCCCCUCCCUUGCCUUUCUCUUUUUUCACAGAGAGAAAGAGAAGAGAGAGAUGAAUCAAGCAGGGUCUUCAGGCCUCGCUUCCUUUCUCACUAUCUCUAAUGUAUGAUGAAAUGAUCGAGAUCUAAACCUCUUCUUCUAGGAAGAAGAUGGCCAAGUCAAAUGCUCAACAAAACCCUGCUUUCCUUCUUGAUGCUCUCUACUGUUCAGAAGAGAAUUGGGAGGAAGAAGUCAGUGAUGACUACUUCCAAGAAGAUAACUACUGUUUUGGUAACAACGAGUCUAAUCAAUUGCCAAUCUUGCUAGAGCAAGACUUAUUUUGGGAAGAUGAUGAGGCUUCCACAUUGUUAUCCAAGGAAGAACCAAACCUUUUUUGUAAAAACCCGGAAACUGACCCAGCUUUGAUAAGGGCUCGCCGUGAUGCUGUGGAGUGGAUGCUCAAAGUCAAUGCUCACCACUCUUUCUCUGCUCUCACUGCAAUUCUUGCUGUCAACUACCUAGACAGGCUCCUGUUCAGUUUCCACUUCCAGAGAGAUAAGCCAUGGAUGACACAACUGGUUGCCGUGGCUUGUCUUUUUCUUGCGGCCAAGGUGGAGGAGACCCAAGUGCCCCUCUUAUUGGACCUACAAGUAGAGGGAAGUAAAUAUGUAUUUGAGGCCAAAACUAUACAGAGAAUGGAGAUUUUGGUUCUCUCCACGCUUAAAUGGAAGAUGAAUCCGGUGACGCCACUUGCUUUUCUCGAUUUCUUCGCAAGGAGAUUUGGGCUAAAGGACUAUGUCUUUGGGGAAUUUCGCAAGAGAUGCGAGCGUAUCAUUCUCUCUCUCAUUUCAGAUUCUAGGUUUAUGCAUUAUCUACCGUCUGUGAUGGCCACUGCUGCUAUGCUUCACGUUGUUGAAAGUAUAGAACCCUGUCUUGGAGUAGAUUUUGAAAACCAGCUAUUCGAUAUUCUAGCAGUCGACAAGGUUGAAAUCUUUUACUUGUCAUAUAUUCUACAUUUUAUCUUCAAAUUUGAUUUUAUUCUAGAAAUGUUGAUUAUGUAUAAACAGGACCAGGUAGAGAAGCUGAAAUUGAAGUUGGCAAUGGAAGGAUAUGGCAACAAAUCCAAUAAGCGCAAGUUUGGUUCAGUUCCAGGAAGUCCAAACGGCGUAAUGGAUGUGUCGUUUAGCUCUGAUACUUCCAACGAUUCAUGGCCGGUGGCAUUGUCUGUGUCUUCUUCGCCUGAACCACUAUCCAAGAAGAGCAGGGCUGAAGAUCUACUCAUGCAGAGGCAGAACCAUGCCAAUGUGUCUCCAGAUUUUCUCACCGUCCCUCGCUAGCCAGCUCCUUCAUUAGUUAUCUUUUCAUAGUCUUUGUAAUAAUAGAUACUGCUCUUUUAUAUCAUCUGCAAGUUAAAUUGCUUGCCAUCUCUGCAUUUCCCUAGCCUAAGCCCAAUUCUGGUUUCACUUGCAUCUCUUCUUCUUGGGUGGUGGGUAUGGAAAUUUGGAAGUAGAGAUCGUUAGCAUUUUAUUCAGACGAAAGUUCAAAGAAUAUGAACAUAGCAAUGAAGAGUACUUCCAUUUUCAUC